AUGACCCUCGCGGCUUCCUCCCAGCGCUCCCAAAUCAUUCGCUCCAAGUUCCGAUCUGUCCUCCAGCUUCGGAUCCACAGACGGUAUCAGGACCCAAGCGUCUCGGGGUCCCUCACCACCUCUUCAGUCUUGGAUCCAGAUCCGUGCGUCUCAGCCACGGGCCCUGCCCUGGCCCCAGCCUCGCCCUCGGGUCCCACUCCUUUCCUCUUCAGUCCUGGGGACCUGCUCCCUGAAUCAGAAUAUGGCCCUUGGAGGUCCCUGAAGGAGUCUCCUAAGAUCUCCCAACAUUGGAGAGAGCCCAAGCCAAAGGGGAACUUGACAUACCACCAGUACAUGCCCCCGGGGCCGAGACAACGGUCCAGGGACGACCCCCAGGCCAAAAUGUUGGCCCUGGGUCCCCCUGGACCACCUCUGUGGGAAGGGACAAACUCCCAGCAGCCACCUCCCAGGAUGAAGCCCAUCCCCCUCACUCCCUCCCCGCCUGGAGUCCCCAGCGCCUCGCCCUCUCCACACAAGUUGGAACUUCAGACCCUUAAACUGGAGGAGCUGACGGUCUCAGAGCUCCGGCAGCAGCUGCGCCUGCGGGGCCUCCCGGUGUCGGGGACUAAGUCGAUGCUCCUGGAGCGCAUGCGCGGCGGCGCCCUGCCCCGCGAGCGGCCGAAGCCGCGACGCGAGGACAGUCCCGCGAGCGCUCCCUGGCCGCGCCUCAGGCCCAAGGCUCUGGGAGCAGUCCGGCGGCCGGGCUCGCUCAAGUCAGGCCGGAGCUGUCACCCUCCGCCUCUUCCACGUGCCGCGGAAACCCAGCCGACUGCGCCGGCUCCCGCGCGGGCUCCGGCGCUGACCCCUGCCUCGGCACCAUCCACGGCGGCCCCGAGUCUGGAGGAGGAGCUGCAGGAAGCCAUCCGCAGGGCGCAGUUGCUUCCGAACCGGGGCAUUGAUGACAUCCUGGAGGAUCAGAUGGAGCCCGAUGACCAGCUGCCCCCCAUCCCCCUGGACUUCCCCGGCUCCUUCGACGUGCUGUCCCCCUCCCCAGACUCUGAAGGCCUCUCAUCUGUCUUCUCCUCCUCGCUCCCGUCCCCCACAAACUCCCCGUCGCCCUCUCCCAGGGGCCCCACGGAUUCCUUGGACUGGCUGGAGGCUCUGAGUGGGGGUCCUCUGCUAGGCUGUGGUCCCCCAGCCCCCAGCGUCUUCUCUGCUGACUUAUCUGACCCCAGUGGCACCCGGCUGUGGGACCUGCUGGUCGAUCCGUGAUGAUGGACUCUGGGGCUUCCAAGGAGGGGGCACUGGUGGGGAUGGGAAAGUCACAGAGGCAUACUCCCAAGGGAGGCGGGGGACAACCUUCAGAGCCCCUCCCACCAUGAACACAGAAUCAGAGAACACUCUCAUCCCCACGUGGCCCCUGAACGGCUGCUGACAUGCCGUCGGCCAGACUCUUGUCUGCCUGACCUCCGUAUGAUCUCCUCCAUGGCUGUGUGGUCCGUGUCCUUUGCUGCUGGCCAGGGCCAACAAACUGCUUGCUCCUUCCUUCAGAGACCUCAUGAUGUCUUUGUUCCCACCUUCUUCCCCCGCCCCCCCCCCCCCACCCUCUGUGCCACCUACUAGAUGGUUCCCUGGGGCUGGGGAGUCUGGAAGGCGGUCUGUGCUUACGGGAUGUAAGGAGAGGAGCAAGGAAGAGUCGGGAGGGAGAAUGGGGAGCCAGACCCUUGGCUUCCGGUUGGAAGUGAGAAUAUCAACGUGUCGUGUCCGAGGUCAGAUUCCCUUGGAAGAAGAGCCCGAGACAAGACUCAUGUGCCCCCUGAUUCAUGAGAUAAAUGCUCUGAGGAGAAACCAAAAGGGAGCAGAGAACACUGGACAGAGAAGGGGGAAGAUUCGCAAGAGUGUGACGUCAGGUGAAGUCCCAACCUCAACUGGGCCCCGUGGGGAGCUCUGGAGGAUAAAUUAAGCUUCAGUGUGUCCUACCCUGAGGCCAAGGGAGUUAGGCUUUUGAAGCUGAGGGAGAUCCGCACCCCCCACCCCUUUUUUAUUGCUGAAUAACAAGCCAUCCCCAAAGUUAGAGUCUCAAAAUAAUAACUAUGAUCACUCACAAUUCCACUGAGUGGCUCAGCAAGGCGAUUCUUUGGGGUUGAAGUCAUUUUUUUUUUUUUUUUUAAGAGAGUGGGAGCGGGGGAGAGUGGCAGAGGAGGAGAGAGAG